UAUUGGACGAUAAUCAAUUGAAGCCCAUGAUAUAUUACUGCGGAGUACUCCGUAUUUGAUAUUGUGGGGUACAUGUAGCAGCUUUCGUUGCCUUCCACAACUCUGCACUUUGUCUCCAUAUCAUCUCCUCAAUCAAUCAUUUCUUUCAGAAUUCUAGGAAGAUCUAGAGGAAAGUGGAGUAAAACAAAAUGGAGGGUCAUCCUUAUUCUCCAAAAGAUCUGAACUUGCCUGGUUUUGUCCCUAAUUUUCUCCCUCCUUCUACGAUUUUGGGUGUUUUUGCUGCUGCUUUUGCCAUUGUUUUCUCCGUCUCAUGGAUUCUUCCUGGUUUAGUUUCAAAGACAACAAAACUUGAAAGGUUACUCGUAUGUUGGUUUACUAUCACCGGUCUAAUACAUAUAAUCGUUGAGGGAUACUUUGCCUUCUCACCAGAUUUCUACAAGGACAAGACUGGAUUUUACUUGGCCGAAAUCUGGAAAGAAUACAGCAAAGGUGAUUCAAGAUAUGCCUCUUUUGACUCUGCAAUAGUUUCUGUAGAAGCAGUAACAGCCGUGAUAGAAGGCCCUGCAUGCCUUUUAGCAGCGUAUGCUAUAGCAACCCGCAAAUCAUAUAGGUAUGUUCUUCAGCUGGCAAUAUCUCUGGGGCAAUUCUAUGGUCUCGUGAUAUAUUACAUAACCGCAAUAUUGGAAGGGGACCAUUUUGCGGUGAGUCCAUUAUACUACUACGCAUACUACAUUGGAGCAAAUUCCCCUUGGGGAUUCAUACCGUUCCUCAUAAUCAUCAGAUGUUGGAGAAAAAUUUGCCAAUCUGAGGGUAGAAAUAAGAUAAAAACCAAAUGAAGUUCGUGCUAAUGCUUUAUAUAUGCUCCUUUUACACAUUUUACACAAGAUUUCAAUUCUUUUUUACUCAAUAGAACAAAAAUGGAGUAAGAAAUAUAUUUUUAUUGUAAUCAAGCAAUACAGAUCAUUAAUUGUUAAAUUUGAAGUAAAUCGUCUUGCUUUUUUGUGA